AUGGACGGUAAGGUAGAAGGCGAGGGAUUGGGUGGGUGUGGGGGGGGGGGGAGACAACUAGAGUUGCAGGUUUCAUGGCAAUGGAAACCUUCAUACACAACAUCGCCGAUCGUUGCGGUGGGACGCCACCACCCACCACCGGCUUCUGUUAACCUGGGGAUUCGAACUCAUACCAUCACCAUUUCUCUCUCUUUGUCUCCAUAUAUCAGUGUGGGUUUUGCUUUCAAGUAA